GCAGGUAUUGCAGGUUCUCUUAUGAGCGCUAGCGCCUGCACGAUGCAUGACAGGCGCUGCGCCGCAGGGGCUGGUUCCCAGCACUCGCGAUAUUAUACGACUGCUGCGUGCUCUCAGCUGCUCGUUCUGUACCUUACCCUCAGCUGCGCGCUAGCAUAAAUAUUGCGGGCCCGCCAUGAUUAUCCCAGACUCGAAAGCACAACUCUUGGGAAUGGGAGCCGAGCCGCAGGACAGGGAGCUGCCACCGCUGCCGUCAGAGACGUCGGAUAACCCGCCUCCGUACGAGAGUGCUGGGCAGGACGCCGCGCCGGAGCCAGCAGUCGCGGGGCUCGAUGUAGCCCCGACCAACAAUCUGGUCAUCCACACACGUCGCUCGCCGAUCACCGGUAAAUUCCGCAUCAACCCUGAGGACACAAUCCCCUACGCCCCAGAUUACCUCCGUAGAGUGAACAAACGCCGCUGCUACAAAUCUCGGCCCACGCUGAACGCAUCCUUUUACACCAAACAUGCGCCCAUCUCCCUUGACCUGGGCAUAGUCAGCAGGUCGCAUGAGAACAUGACCUCGUUCGUCGAGGUCAACAGUCGGUCUGGGAACAUUACUAUCAAUCUGUCCCUUGAAGCUCCAAAGCACAUCAACCUGGAUGUUUGGACGCGCAGAGGCAACGUCGUCGUCUUCCUCCCGAAGAACUACUUCGGUGCCGUCAAAGUCUAUUCCAAGCAUGGGCAGAUCCUGUUCCUCCCCGCGCUGUCGCGCGUCAUGCGGCUCGCCAAAAUGAACGAGCGCGACGCGAUGAUAUUCGUCGGGCAGGCGGGUGCCAGCGAUCCGCACCAGAUCGAGGACAACUCGACGAAGCACGCGGACUUCUGUCAGCUUGCGUCCCGACACGGCGACGUGGUCGUGGGCCUGCGCGGGGAGGACACAUACAAGCGGGAAGAUAACGGUUUCUGGAAGAAAUUGGGGACCUAUCUGCGGGGGGAGGCGCUGCCAGUGCCACCUGCGCCUGCAGAGGUGCCGGCCCGACUGCACGUCUGAUGAGGCUUAUCUGUCGUUUGCAUAUAUUCAGGAUCACCCUCCCUCGCCCUGUAUCAUGUAAUCUACAACGCUGCUGCAUAUGUACACCUACUUUCUGUGCUGAUAUAUCUUCCUGUGCUCGACGAUCC